CACGCACCGUCGCGAACACACGUUAUUACGGCUGCAACACGCCGGCCGCACGCGCGCAAUUCGAACGUAGUGCACCAAACAACGCGACCGGUUCCCUUAACCGAUGAGCGUGACACCUCUAAGUGUUGUGUGACUUAUAGUGAAACUCAGUGCAGACAUGUGCGAGUGAUGGAUUACAGCACCGUCGAUUGCUGACGGGGUUCUGAUCCCGUGUAUGCCCAGGCGCCGGUGGCCGCGCCAGUAUGCGCGCCCCUACGGUGCUGAUCGCCCUGCUAGGGUUUCUGCCCCAGGUGCUGUCGUCCGGUUCGUUCGAACUGAGGAUAAAAAGUUUUACAAACUCGCUCGGUAGGCUAAGUAGUGGGCAGUGCUGUGAUGGUUCCAAUAGUGAGCAGUGCGUAGCGCCUUGCAGGACUAAAUUUAGAGUGUGCCUCAAGAUAUACCAAGCCAAUAUCGAUACCACAUCACCGUGUACCUUCGGUGACAUCACUACACCGGUGCUCGGUGGAAAUUCUUUGGAUGUGCCGAACCUCAAUGUCGAAGGAUUCACCAACCCCAUCGUUUUCCCCUUUGAUUUCACGUGGCCGGGUACAUUCUCUCUCAUUGUCGAAGCGUGGCACGACACUAACGAUACGUCAAGAUCGGACGACACAUUGAUCGCGCGGAUGACGAAGCAGAGUAUAGCUGACGUCGGAGGUCCGUGGAACGACGAGGAACAACGCUGGGGAGGAAUGAGUGGGGUCCACCUGAAGCUCUCGUAUAGAGUGACGUGUUCUCCGCAUUACUACGGACCAGGCUGUGAAGUCCUCUGCCGGCCGCGGGAUGACGCCUUCGGACACUACACGUGCUCAUCCACCGGCGAAAUCGUCUGCAAGCCGGGCUGGACCGGGGAUUAUUGUUCAAAACCGAGAUGUUUGCCCGGCUGCGACUCGGAGCACGGCCACUGCCUCAAGCCCGACGAAUGCAUUUGUCAUUCGGGCUGGGUGGGCGAGCUGUGCGACCAGUGCGAGCGACAUCCGGGCUGCGUGCACGGAACAUGCUCCAAACCAUGGGACUGCAUAUGCGAGGAGGGCUGGGGCGGAUUGUUCUGCAAUCAAGAUCUGAACUAUUGCACCAAUCACAGGCCAUGCAAAAACGGCGGCACCUGUCACAAUACAGGACAAGGAAGUUACACCUGUGUCUGCUCUGAAGAAUACACUGGACCAGAUUGUGAGAAAUCUCUGCAUUCGUGUGCAGUACGCGCCUGUCUCAACGGAGGAGCCUGUGUUCCUGACGAGGGAGGGGAACUGUCGUGCGCUUGUCCCUCAGGAUAUGAAGGAGCUCAUUGUGAAACGCGAAGACUGACUUGUGCCGAUCAACCUUGCAGAAAUGGAGGGACUUGCGAGCCAAGAGCGUCCGGCUACGUUUGUCUUUGUCCCGCGGGUUAUACCGGCCUAGAUUGUGCCGUGGAGGCUGACCCUUGCGCCGUCAACCCCUGUAGAAACGGAGCCACGUGCAAUCGAGCUGGAGAUGGAUUUAGAUGUUCGUGUAAGACAGGAUUCAGAGGGAACAGGUGUGAGAUAAACAUAGACGACUGUACGGGCAUAGUGUGUGAACACGGCGGGACAUGCGUGGACCUCGUCAACGGUCAGCGGUGCCAGUGCGCGCCUGGAUUCCUCGGACCGAGAUGUGAGACACGGGUCGACUUCUGCCUCGCGAAGCCUUGCGCUAACGGUGGCAAAUGUCACGUACUGGAUAAUGACUACGAGUGCCACUGCCGGCCGGGCUUCGCCGGCAAAGACUGCAGCAUAGACGUAGAUGAAUGCGCCUCCUCGCCCUGCAGGAACGGCGGUACCUGCAGGGACAGAGUCGAUGGCUACCAUUGCAACUGCCCGCCAGGCUGGGGUGGGAAGUCAUGUACGGUGUCGCUGGCGGAUUUCGCGGCGAAACCUGCGGGGGGUCACCUGAGAAGGAUAGGAGACGAGACCCCCGAAGAGAGUCUGUCUGGGCGACACGUGGCUCUCAUCGCAGCGCUAUCGGCCGCGGUGCCAGCCGCAGCUUUAGCGGCUGCCGUGGCGGUCGCCUGCAUCAGGAGAAGAAGGAAGCGAGCACAGAACGCGGCGGACGCGGAGGCGCGUGCACAGAACGCUGCCAACUCGGGCGGCGGCGGACGCGUCAUAAGGAACACGUGGGGUAAAUGCGAAGCCCCGGCCCCCGAGUGUCAGAACGCUCACAAUGCGGCCGCCGAGGAGUGCAAGAGGAAGACUCUGAACACGGAGAGUGCGGCGAGACUGCUGGCGGCGCUGGACCCGCGACUGUCACGACUCUCCGCUGACUCCGCGUACUGCGCCAACAGCGAUACCUCUCUCGUGAAGCGCGCCCUGGAGGGCGGGGGGGUGUACGUGCUAGACGACCACUGCCUGCCGCCGACGUUCGCGACGCAAGUGUAGUGUUAAAAGUGCGCGAUGGACAUUAAAUUAUUUAUUGAGUACGGACGCUCGUGUGAUGAAGGCUGUGCGCCGCUUGUACAUAUAGAGUAACCUGUAUAAUGACCCCCUGUAUAGACGGCUAGAUGUAAUUAUUUGGAUAUAUUUAUUAGCGGUCCGGACGCCCUGUAUAUAGUGACGGUUGUCCGGAUCGCCGACUAUCGGCAAGCGUCGCCCGUACCGCCGCCGCGACUGAUCGGAGAAUGGACUCUAUCGCAUCGUAUUAGGGUUGAUAUUUGGUUGAGGGUGAGGACCGCGCUUGCUGAGGGUAGUGGACUCGUCCACGUCUGCGAUCUCUGUAGGUAACGAGACGAGACUGUCGCGCGAGUCGGUCCGUCGCGCGACAGUCGUGCUGACAUACCUAUCAAUAUUCUAUCUAUCUUUUUUCCUUUUAUUAUCUUCCUUUAUCUUUCUUGUCUCUCUUCAUGAGUACGGUCAGAAUCCGAUCUAUUUCCGAACCCUGUCCUGUUUGUUUCGCACCUGUAUGAACCAAACCGUGCGUCAUAUUUUAGAAUAAUUUAUAUAAAUACGCGGAUAUUUUCGUCCGCCAUUUUUUUUUACAUUGAUUAUAUUUGUGAUUGAGUAAUUAUUGUCAUUGUUCCUAUGAUUAUGAUUGUUAAUUAUAAAGUAAAAAUCUUGUUUCGGUUUUCUUGAAAAUUGACAUAGAUUUUUUACUAAUCUCACUUCUGUUAUAUCUGGAAUGUAGAUUGAACGUUGUUCCUUGAUCCGAGCGUCAUCGUAACGCCCUCGCGCUCCGGCAGGGGGCGGGCAGAUGUCGCUCGGAUCUCACAAUAAUUAACACAGCGCACGUAAUUAGUCCAUAGGUUAAAAUAAUUUGUGUACUUAUAAGAAACAAAUGUCGAAACCUAAGUCAUUGUGUAUAAAAACUAUUAAGUUUUAGUGUUUUAAGUAUAUUCUCCAUUACUGUCGUAAGUCUACUGUGAGUCUGUGACAAUACUGACGUCAUUAGGCAACAUAGGACAUAAUAUUGCAGGUUGUUUUUAACUUAUUUAUUAUAGUAAUGUCGGUUUUACCGCUAUCGUACGAGAUUCGUUCACGGCUCGCUUCAAAUUCAUACGAAUCUGAGGCGGGCCGUCGCGAAACGCCUGUCAAAUGAUUUAUAUUAAAUUACAGUUUUAUGAUACAUUUUGUAGAUAAUAUUUAAUAAGGCGCGUUACCUCUUAUGUUGCCUUUUGUACGACGAUUUGAAGAUUGUUAGAUCGACAAAAUUGUAAAAUAUCAAAUAUGAAUAGACUGAUGAUCAAUAUAUAAUUAAUGUUCUUGUAUUUAAUUUUGUAUGAUGACAAAAUGUAAGAUUAAAUUAUGUCAAAAUAGGAAACAUUACCGAAGUAACAUUAUAUGUAUGUAGGGUAUUUAAAUUGAUCACAGUUGUGUCACUUUCAUUUUUCUUUUUGGGAUAUUUUUUAAUGAUAUACGCCUAAAACUGUUCGUCCCGAACCAAUAAAAUGACAGUAUUUUUAAUUUAUUUAUUCGAAAAUAUCAUUGCUAUUAUUAUAUAAUUAAUAUAAUUAUUGAAAAUCAUUGUCUUAUAAUAUUUUUGAACUUCGUUUACAAUUGACUGAAGCUAAAUUGACUUCUUGAUUUGUAUUUUGGACGUAUUUUUAUGAGAAUCACGAAUGCAUUUAAAAGUGUGAGUAUACUGAAAGAAAAUAAUAAAUCAUUCCAUUUUCUCAUAAGUUUAAAUCUAUCUUUAAAAAAUUGUAUUUUAUUGCUACUAUUUUUCUAUGUUUAUUUUGCAUGCAAACGGAAGUGAUUAUAUUUUCCUAAUUAUGAUAUUUGCUCCUUAGUUAGUCGAAGUGCAAAGGUUAUUGUGCUUUGUGUUUACUUUUGGUAUAUUCACAUUUCAGCUCAACUUAAAAGAAAAAUGAAAGCAUUCCGAUGUUAGCGGCGAGCAUAACUAAUAAUUCCAUAGAUCCUAUCACGAUUAAUAAAGUCACUGUAAGCUAAUGCCGUGAUAACUUUGCCGGCGAGUGUUUGUGUAAUGUGCUGCGAUGCAAGGAGAAAUAAAAUGUUAAUAAACAAUUGUUUACAAAAGAUUAAAGAA